ACCACGACUGGAGCAAGACUAGUAACAGGGACAGAGUUUUUGAUGCGCAAAUUUUCUAUUAUACAGUAGACAAACCGCACCAUUAUAAGAGAAAAAAAUGAUUGGGGUGUUGAUAGUCCUUUGCAGCUUACAUACCGGUUUUGCAGUGACGCAUACCGGGAAGGGCUGUGUAACGGGCAGCACAGGAGUGAGAGACCUCCCCGAGUUUGUGGCCGUGCUCAUGCUGGAUGAGGAAACAGGCGCCUACUUUGACAGCAAGACUAGAGAGUUACAGAUCAGGCUGGAGUGGGCACUGAACAAAGUGAAUGACAGUCAAAAGUACAUUCAUUAUUUCAAUGUCCUGAUUAGUUCUGCCAUACCAGAUUUAAUGAAUGCUUUACAAUUCGCAAUGUCGCUCUAUGGUCACUCAGGAGGAAUCCACACACUCCAGAUAAUGCUGGGCUGUGAGGUCAGUGAAGAUCGAAAAGCUGGAGAGUUUAUGAAGUUCGGAUAUGAUGCAGAGGAUUUCAUCAGCCUGGACAUAAGCACCCUUGCCUGGAUUGCUCACAGCCCACAGGCUGGUAUCAUAUGUGCUGACUGGAACAAUCAUAUAGAAACAGCUCAGUUUUGGAAAGGGAUCCUGGAGAAUGAAUGCUUUGCGCUAUUGAAGAAGUUAGUUGAAUACGACAGAGAGAUCCUUGAGAGGAAAGUCCCUCCUGAGGUCUCUCUGCUCCGGAGGGACCCCUCCUCUCCUGUCACCUGUCUUGCCACCGGCUUCUUCCCCGAAGGAAUUGUUGUGUCCUGGCAGAAAGAUGGAGAGGACCUGCAUGAGGACGUGGAGCUGUUGGAGACUCUGUCCAAUGAGGACGGAACGUUCCAGACCAGAAGCAGGCUGACAGUCUCACCUGCAGACGUGAAGGAGCACAACUACACCUGCGUUGUGGACCACAGCAGCCUGGAGAAGAAUAUUAUCAAGCCUGUGACUGAGGAGGAGAUAAAGACCAACCAGGAUCCAGAGAACUCUCUGCCUGUCGGCAUAAUCAUUGCUGUUGUGCUAGCAGUUCUUCUCGUGGCCAUCGCUGCCUUUGCUUGCUAG